AUGUCCAAAAUCGCAAUCAUGCUACAAUUGAAUGGGAAUUGGGAUAACUAUGGCAGAUUUAGAGAUUUUGAAGUUGAUGCCAUUGUGGUAGAUGAGAAUGCAAGCUACAGUAUUCUGAUUUCUACAAUUGCAGAACAACUAUCGAUUGAUACUUCAGAAAAAAUUGUAGAAAUCAAAUACAUGGUGAACGACAAUUGUCCCCCAAUGGAGAUUAGGAAUGAUAUGGGGGUUCGUGUGUAUAUGGAGACCAAAAAGGAGAAUAAAAACUUAGGUUCAUAUCAGUUAUGUAUAAGUGUACGAGAUUUCAAUAUGAAAUUGGCAAUCACCAACGAUAACACAAGUGCAGGUUCAUCUGGAUCCAUAAAGUUACUUGAUAUGCCAUCAUCUCCAGCUAUAGAGGAAUAUCAAAGACAAGUUUAUCAGGACAAACAAACUGUAGCUGCUGCAAUAAAGCACUUUUCUGUGAUGCACAAGUUCCAGUUCAAAGUUAAAAGAUCUAGUCGUAGAAGCUACUGGCUUGUAUGCGUUGGUGAAAACUGUAAAUGGCACUUCAAGGCAACGUCAAUUAAUGAUUCCGCAAUAUUCAAGAUAAUGAGUUUCAACCGACAACACACAUGCUGCCUAAUGAAUGAAACAUUCAUACAGCGCAAACGUACUGCAGAUGUAGUUGGUAGCAUGGUAAUUCCAAAGUAUUGUGAUCCUAAGACUGUUUACACAUCAAAGGACAUACAGACUGACAUGUUAUCCGAACACGGAGUGAACCUAAGCUACAUGCAAGCAUGGAGAGCAAAGGAAAAGGCUUUUCAGUUUUUGAGAGGGAAUCCGGCUGACUCCUACAGCAAAUUACCCAAAUAUUUUUAUAUUCUUGAGGAGACUUAUCCUGGUUCGGUUGUUAAAUUGAAAAAGACAGCAGAUGAAUGUUUCUUAUACGCAUUUGCUGCUCUUUAUACAUCAAUAAGUGGUUGUCAACAUUGUAUACCAGUAGUAGUGGUUGAUGAGACAUUCUUAAAGUCAGCCUACAGGGGGAUUAUGCUGACAGCAAGCACCAUGGAUGCAGCAGGAACAAUAUUGCUCUUGGAAUAUGAUGUGGUUGAUUUUGAAAACGACGCAUCUUGGAAGUGGUUCUUUGAGCAAUUCAAGAAGGCAUAUGGUGAAAGACCUUCAAUGUGUGUUGUUUCAGAUAGGAAUGCGAGUAUACUGAAGGCAACAUCAAUUGUCUAUCCGGGCAUCCCACACUACUCUUGCAUGUGGCAUAUUUGGACAAAUAUAAGGUCAAAAUUCAAGAAGGGUCAUCUACAAUUGCAUGAAUUGUACUUUGCUACAGCACGGUCAUACACUCUAGAUGAAUUUAAUGAAAGGAUGUCGAAGAUUGAAGAGUCGUUGAACGCAGUAACAAAAGAUGCAAGAGAGCUGCCGAUAUUUGACCUUUUAGAGUAUAUACGGACACUGCUAGAACGUUGGACCAUUGAGAAGUUAUUGAAGGCGAAGGGUACUUUCACAUUUCUUGGGACCAAAUUCAACAAAGAAUUAGAUGACAACAGAACAUUAUCUCAGAAACUUAGGGUGAGGGCUUCAACAGAUCAUAUACAUACUGUGUUAGAUGGUGUGAAGCGGUACAUUGUGUGUCUAGAAAACAAUAAAUGUAGCUGUGGCCAAUUCCAACUUGAAGAACUUCCAUGUGCGCAUGCUUUGGCAACAUUAAGGCACAUGAAUGAAACAGAUGAAAACUAUUGCUCUCCGUAUUACACAAGGGAGAGCCUUCUGCGUACAUAUGAAAUGCCAGUAAAUCCUCUUCCUGAUGAAAGCAAAUCGAAUGUGCCACAACAUAUUUUGGAUGAGGUAGUAAAACCACCGACGGGAGAUAAAAGACGGCCAGGGAGACCUCAAAAGGAAAGAUAUAAAACCUAUGAUGAAAUAAAGUCAAAGAAGUACAAGGUGUCAUGUGGAAAUUGUGGAGGUGAAGGGCAUAACAAAAGAUCUUGCAAGAAUGCGCCCAAGAAGAAAUGA